AUGAAAUUCGGACGGAAUCUUGCCCGGAAUGUCGUGCCUGAGUGGGGUUCGUCAUAUAUCAAAUACAAGAGCUUAAAGAAGCUGAUCAAAUUGGAAAUCGAAGCAAAGAAGGAGGGUCAUGAUCCGGACUUAGCUGGUUUCUUCUAUUCACUUGAUCGCAACCUUGAAGAUGUCGACCAUUUCUACAACAAAAAGUUUGCAGACUUCUCACGCCGUCUGAAGCUGCUGGAAGACCGUUAUGGCCAUUCCGUCAUAGCUUCACACAGACCCGGGACUGAAGAUGUCGAGGAUCUCCUAGCUGCUCUUCUCGAGCUGCGCGGCCAGCUUAGGAAGUUGCAGUGGUAUGGAGAGGUCAAUCGUCGGGGUUUUAUUAAAAUUACGAAGAAGCUGGAUAAGAAGCUCCCUGGUGCUCAGGCGCAGAUGCGCUAUUUACCAACCAAGGUUGACCCAGCGCCAUUUGCUACCAAUUCCCGCUUGCAAGAAUCUUUGAAGAGCAUCAAUGAUUGGUUAUCUGUGUUGGGAGAUGAGAAGAGUGUUGACGAUGCGAGCUCCACACACUCCUCUUUGUCAAUGAGGAAACCAACCUCUCGAGUUAACCUUAAUCUCCCUCCAAGUUUGCUUGUGGCUGUCGAUGAUGCCCUGCGCAAGGAUGAUACUCAUAUUUUGUUGGAGCUCCUGCCCACGCUGAGGAUUGCUGCGGAGGAAUUGGAUGCAGCUCUUUAUGCCAACGUUGUCAAAGCCCUAUUACAACGUGCCAUUUUCUAUCGUGCUAGAGAUUCCGUUGUCUCCUUGCUGGGGAAGAUCGACACGCUUGACGAGGAUGACGAUAUCAACAAACGUAAUUGUAUCCAUCGUCUCGUUAUUUCCAUUGGGCGUUCGCAGUCAACCAGCGAUACUGAAUUGUCUGCUGCGCAAGUUCUUGACUUCCCUGUGGAGGCUUCCAAUUACAUCACUCCUGCUGCUGCCCCAACCCUCCAACCCACACGUGUUGUGGUGAAGGAGUCAGAGCAGACCUCCCUGUUAAGUAAGGCAGACGAUGCAGUUUCGAUAUUGCAGCAUCUCCUAGACAAUCUACUCCCGAAACAGCGAAGUGCGCUACUUGCCAAAGACAUCUCUGGCCGGACUCCACUACAUUAUGGAGCUCAGUAUGGGUUCAGAGUGGUAUGUGAGGUUAUUAUUGAGCAUCUGCAGGCGUGGAACAUGUUUGAUGUCUCCGAGGGGAUUGACGGGCCCAACUGGCAGGAUGAUGAGGGCUGGGCGCCGCUGCAUCUAAGUGUCAUUGGAGGUCAUGCCCUGACCACCCGAGCGCUCUUGAAUGCUGAGAAUUGGAGAGGAGGAAACGACCAACAAGCUGCCAUCCGAAAGCACAUGUCCAAGUCGAGUGCUGUGCUAGCUCUUGCCACCAAGGCAAAUUUUGUUGACAUUGUGCAGCUCCUGGUCGAUGCUGGUGUCGAUAUCAAUUACCAGGACGAGCAGGGUGAAACUGCCCUUCAUGUUGCUGCACGGUUCGGCCAUGAUGCGUGCGCCAAGGCGCUGCUGAAUGGAUCAAACGAUCAGAAGGCCAACACAGAAUUAGCGGAAAAUACCUACUCUUGGACGCCAUUGUUCAUUGCCUGCGUUGAUGGCAGUUUGGGUGUAGUUGACUUACUCAUCGAAGCAGGUGCGGACCUGGAACGCCUCGACUCUUCCGGUUGGACGGCGAAGGAACAUGCUGCUCUUAGGGGCCAUAUCGCUAUUGCCCGUCGACUGGCAGAGACCACCCCGCCAAUUGAGGUCAUGAGCGAUUCUGACAGCCCGACUCCGCAAGCCUGGUCCCUGUCCCCGCCCACGCAGGCGUCUCUGGCUGAGCGCAAGUCCAACGAUCGUGCCGCGGAACCCAUCAAGACCUUUGGCCAUCGUUAUCUAACAGACGAGAGCAUGGUGCUGGUCAGUCUGGGGACGAUGGAUAUGAGAAAAACAGUGCCCGCAGUCGAUCUCGAUCGCAUUCCCAUGGCCAACGCGCAUCUAACACAGCUAGACACUGCCCUAUCCAUCGUCGUUUCCGCUAGUGAUGCGCACGGUGAGCCUGAGAUAAUUGACCUACCUAUCCAAGAUAGCAUCGCGACGGAACCUAUCGUCUUCCAUGCCGCGGAUGCCUCGAAGGUGAAGAUCAUCUUUGACCUGAUACCCACCUAUUCCGGGUCCAAGGAGAAGAUUGUCGGUCGGGGCGUCGCGUUGUUGUCCAGUAUUAAACCCACAGUUGGCUCGAAACGAAUAAAUUUGCAAGGAGAUGUGACGGUGCCGAUUAUUGCGGCGAAUACGCUUGAUAUCAUUGGGACGGUAACGUUUAAUUUCUUGAUUAUCACGCCGUUUAAACAUCCGAACAUGUCGAUUACGGAGGAGCAGACGUAUUGGAAGAGUAUGGCUUCGCCUAUGGUUAUUGGACAUCGAGGUCUUGGAAAGAACAUGGCUGGGCGCAAGUCAUUGCAAUUGGGAGAGAAUACGAUCCAGUCUUUCAUUGCAGCGGCAAAUCUGGGCGCAUCUUAUGUUGAGGUGAAUGUUCAAUUGACGAAGGAUCAUGUUCCCGUAAUAUACCAUGAUUUCCUCGUUAGUGAAACGGGAAUAGAUGCACCAGUACACACGCUGACCCUGGAGCAAUUCCUACACCUCAGCGAGGCUCGCGGACCGCGCGAAUCUGCCACUUCAUCCAAUUCAUCCAUACCCGUAGAUCCCGUUUUGGCAGAUCUGAGAACGUCAGCCGCAAGGCGUCAACGAUCCAUGUCUGUUGGAGAGCAGUUCGCGUCGUCAAUACACAUGAGCGAGAAGAUGAAGCAUACGCGUGACUUCAAGAAGAAGGGUUUCAAGGGCAAUACGCGUGGCAGUCACAUCCAAGCCCCCUUCGCAACGCUAGAGGAAUUAUUUAGGAAGUUACCCAAAUCUGUUGGGUUUAAUAUUGAGCUCAAAUACCCUAUGCUCCACGAAUCCGAAGAGGAAGAAAUGGACACAUACGCCGUUGAAUUAAACUCCUUCGUCGACACGGUGCUCACCUCCGUCUACGACCUCGGCCAGGGUCGUAACAUGAUAUUCUCCUCCUUCAACCCGGACAUCUGCCUCUUGCUCUCGUUCAAACAACCCUCGAUCCCCGUUAUGUUCCUGACGGAUUCGGGAAUGACAAAUGUUGGCGACGUGCGUGCUAGCAGUCUGCAGGAGGCUAUACGGUUUGCGUCGCGGUGGAAUUUGUUGGGCGUGGUGACGGCGGCGGAGCCGUUGGUUAUUGCUCCUAGACUUGUCAGGGUUGUUAAGGAAUCUGGGCUUGUGUGUGUUUCGUAUGGUAUUGCAAAUAAUGAGCCUGGGAACGUUAAGAUGCAAGUUAAAGAAGGCAUUGAUGCUGUUAUUGUCGAUAGCGUUCUUGCCAUUCGGAAGGGGCUUACAGAGGGCGAGAAUCAGGGAUUGAAUGGAGGCUCGAAGGAUAUGGGACUACUGAGUGCUAACGUUGUAUGA